AUGGCCUUUAAAGACACCGACACCAGCAAGACUCCCGUUGAGCCAGAGGUGGCCAUUCACCGGAUUAGGAUCACCCUCAUCAGCCACAACGUGAAGUCUCUGGAGAAGAUGUGUGCUGACCUGAUUAGAGGCGCAAAGGAAAAGAAUCUCAAAGCCAAAGGACCAGUUCGGAUGCCUACCAAGACUCUGAGAAUAACUACAAGGGAAACUCCUUGUGGUGAAGGUUCUGAGAUUUGGGAUCGAUUCCAAAUGAGGAUCCACAUGCGACUCAUUGACCUGCACAGCCCUUCUGAAAUUGUCAAGCAGAUCACUUCCAUCAGUAUUGAGCCAGGAGUCAAGGUGGAAGUCACCAUUGCCGAUGCCUAAAUCAACCUUUUUAAU